GUGGAGAACACCUCACAAAAGGGAACAAUAAAUCUGGGGGGCUGUCGUUCUUCGUCUCCGUCCUCUCACCCCCUCCCCGUCUCCGUCCUCUCAAAAAUGAACCACUGUCGUUCUCUUCUUCUUCAGUAACAACUAGCAACCGGCAGAAGACAACACAAAAUAACACUUGGGAUAUGGACUGAAAUCUAGAGCUGCGCCGAAUACAUGACACAUGACCUCUCCCCUCCCCUAUUGGACUUCGUCAUCUUCAGGCUGAAGCAACAGUCCAGCCACCGACGACACCCCAUCUUCUUUGUCUACCAAAAAAAACGUCCAAGUCUGAAUUCAAAAGAGAAAGUUGGAUCGAGUCGAGUUCGUCGAGUUCGUUGGGUCUGUUCAGUUUGGUUUGAGAUUCUGGCGGAGGUCCAUGACCGUCUCAUGUUCGUUCGAGGCUUUGUUCACAGUUGGUUUCUAAAUGUAAAGAAAGUUUAUCGCGUAAGAGUCCUAUUCCAAAUAGAACGAGGUUCGGACAAGUUGCAAAGCCGGAUGUUCUUUUGGUUACAGGUGUGGAUUUACUUACUGGAGUUUGGGCAUGACAGAUACCCCAGGAUCACUGCAUUCAGAAGUUGCUCGAGGAGUCAUUUUAUAUUUUUGAGUCAAUUGUUCAUGUUUUACUUUCUAGUCAUGUAUAGUAGUAUUCGGCCUUUUAGGUGAUGUUAGAGUUUGUAAUAGUCUAGUUAAGUUUGUAAUUGUGUUACAAGUAAAAAAAAAAAGAAAAAAAGAAAUUUUGCGUUUUUA